UUCCGUGACGCGGAGGGGUGGAACCGCGUUAGCAGCGGGAUGAGCGCGGCCGAGGGCCGGCCCCGGUGCCGGUGGGGCGGCGGCGGCGGCGGCCAGGCGGUGCUCCGUGCCCGUGCUGAGGCCGCCGGUUACCGGAGGCUGCUGCGAGCCCGAGCCGCCGAGGUGGAGGCGUUGCGGGGGGCGGUGGGCGCCUUGCACCGGCAGCUGGAGGGGCUGCGGGACCGGCGGAGCGGGGAGCUGGCCAAGUACCAGGAGCGGGUGGCGGAGCUGGAGCGGGAGAUCGGGGCGGCGGAGGCGGAGAUGGCCCGGUGCCUGCGGGAGUACCCGGCGCUGCUGCGGCUGCGGAUGGCGCUGGAGGCGGAGAUCGCCGCGUACCGGGAGAUGCUGGAGAGCGAGGAGCUCCGCCUGGGCGGCUUGGCCCCGCCGUGAGCGGAGCCCCGGAGCUCCGGUGCCACCAGCGGAGCCCGGCCCCGCCGUUACCACCGGACGCACGGUGCCGGGACCGGAUCCUCAGCCCCACCGCCGGAGCCCGGUUCCUCCGCCGGACCCCAGACCCCCCCGAGUCCCGUUCCCCGGGACCCUCCGGACCCCUCUGGACUCACGGAGCCCCGGUCCUUCUGUCCCCCCGUUCCGCGGUCCCCCGGAGUUGUGCGUGCCCGCCUGGCCCGGGACCCCCGGGAGGGCAGCGCCCGUGGGGCACGCACUCACCAGCCUCUCCGGGGUGGGGGUCCCGGCCCAGCCCCGUGUGGAAGCGCCUCAAUAAAGCCCCGUGGCAUCA